CUCCUCCCGCCGAGGCGGCAGGCCAUUUUUAUUAAAAAUACUUCCGAGUAACGCGCGCGGAUUUUUUGUUCAUAUCCUGAUUUUUUUUACGUCACGUCCGUGCAUCGUUUUAUUUUAUAACAGUGGAGAAAUAACACAUGAAUAUAUUUAUAAUUUAUCCUGACCCGUUUGGACUUUUGGAAAAAAAUAUUGUGUUUGUUGAUGUGAAUUUUUAAAACUUAGAAGAAAUACAAGUGCGCCCCGCGAUCUAUUUUCCGAGCGGACUCGGGUGGAUUCGUUGCGAAAAGUGGCGGCGCUCGGCCAUCAUCGGCGGCGGUCGCCGCGCAGAGGGCGUCCAUCCAACCCCGCCCGCGCGGGACAGAGACGGCGAACACUGCUGACAUGGCGACAACACCAAUGGAUUGAUGUUUUUCACGUGGAAAACUCAUCCCUUCAAUAUAUUCAUGUACAGGUCCCCCUGCGCCCGGCACACAAACUGCACUUAACACUAUGAAACACACAAAUUGAAAAUGACUUUUAAAAAGUAAACAUUAUCUAUUGUUGACGUUUUGUUGUAUUGUUCAUGGAACAAGAGAGAGAUACUUAUGUAUACAUCAUUGAAUAGUUGUUGGUUUAGUAGAUUUUAAGCCCCGACUGGCAAACUCGUAUCUUCCAAAGAGGAAUAAACGAAAACGAAAAUGGCUACGCAAAGAUUUUGCUUGCGGUGGAACAACCACCAGUCGAAUAUGCUGUCAGUAUUCGACCAGCUGCUGCACGCAGAGACGUUCACAGACGUGACCCUGGCCGUGGACGGUCAGCUUCUUAAAGCACACAAGAUGGUCCUGUCGGCUUGCAGCCCUUAUUUCCAAGCUUUGUUUGUCAAUCACCAGGAGAAACAUCCUAUUGUUAUAUUGAAAGAUGUGCCCUAUUCUGAUAUGAAAAGUUUAUUAGACUUUAUGUACAGGGGGGAAGUGAGCGUUGACCAAGAGCGAUUGACCGCUUUUCUAAAAGUGGCCGAGAGUUUAAGAAUAAAAGGCCUUACCGAGGUUAACGAGGAGAAAUGUGAUAUACCGGCUCUAACCAAUUCGUUAAUUCAACAGCAACAAACGAAUGCGUCCGGUCAUACUCCUCCGCCACAGCUUCACAGAAUACAUCCGUACAUGCAUCAGAAGCGGCCGGCGUCUGGCAUACCCAGCGGAGGGGCGCCUCCUAAUUUAUUAAUGCCUUUAUUGGGCAACGCUCUAAUGCAACCUAAAAGGAAACGAGGUCGGCCUAGGAAACUCAGUGGAAGUUCUAGUGAUGCACUGAAUACAGCGGCAAGUCCGCCGGGUGAAUUUGUACCCGAGUCUGCGUCUCACGCGCCCAACAACAGACCUGGCGACCAAUUGAUCAGAGGUUCCCCGGAAAUGUUGGAAGUGAAAAUGUCUAUGGAUGGAUUCAAUGCUGAAGACGGCGGAACGUCUGGUGGCGAGGAAACAGGGGAAGCUUUGCUGAUCGACGAGGGUGACGACGCGCAGUCCACCGAAGCUAAUAUGGGCGGCAAGGACUCCGAGUCAGCAGAUCCCGAUAAAGCGCCGAAAGAGGAAAUACAACAAAAUUAUCCAACAAACGGACCCGUACUAUCUAUUGAAAAUGGAUCCAUAAAACAGGAACCCGCUGCCGAAACUAACGAUGGCUAUAACGAACCCAUAGAAUACAAAUACAACCCAGAUAAAAACCGCGAAAACUCCAACUCACAAGAUGGUCCUAUUAAGGAUGCAGACGAGAAAGCCCGACUAGGUCGUAACUUAAAACCAAAGAAUAGUAAAAAACUAAUACCCCAAAUGUCUAAAAUUAGAGCUCGAAACUUAUUCAGUCAUCUUUCGGGUCUAUCAAACCUGAAUCCCGCAUUAAACACUUUUGACAAAUUCCCACCAGAGACUGUCCUGAUGCCUGCUCUUGCCACUCAGCUCUUUGCUGCAGAAUUAGAACAGAAUAACCUCAAUAUACCUAAUAGUGAUAUGUCUGACCUGUCGCAAACUAAUUGGGAACAUCGCAUCUUUCCCUCGCCAAUAAGGAAAAGUAAUAUGGGAAGCGUAGGAAACUACCAUGAAGAAACCAACGAAUCUGUAAGGGACUAUUGUAUCAAGGAAGGCGAAAAUGUGUUUAGGUGUAAAAUAUGCGCAAGGGUUUACACGCACAUCAGCAAUUUCUGCCGGCACUACGUCACUUCCCACAAGAAAGACGUGAAGGUGUUCCCAUGCCCUAUUUGUUUUAAGGAGUUCACCCGAAAAGAUAAUAUGAUUGCACAUUUAAAGAUCAUACACAAAAAUCAACCCAAUUCGAACGAGCAGAUGGCAAAGCAGGAGUCUUAAUGAUUAAAAUAAUAGUCAUACUCAAUAAUAAAUAUUGAAGUAAUAAGAUCUGAUUAGCAAGCAUAGUAUUUAUUAAUUCUAUGCGUUAUUUUACUUACAAUUCGAAUUCUACAUAGCAAAUAAUCGUAGACAGCGAUUGAAUAAGCAUCGUGCUCUAUUUCGUGAACGUUUCAAUAAGUUUGUUAUAUUACGACGAAAGUUGUUUGUUGUUAAUAUUUAUCUACUUAUUUAUUUUUAUGUUGUUCCAUUUUUUUCUCAGAGUGCUGACUUCAAAGAGAUUUAUAAAAUUGCUAUGAUUUACUUGUUAUUUUGCACUUACUUGUUACUUAAUUUUAUUACUUACAAAAUUUUCAGGGUACAAAGUAACUACUCAUGGUGAUCGUAUAUUCAAAUGUAGUAUAUUUGAUUACUGUACGUGUGCUGAAUAUAACAUGCAAUUCUCAUUGAACUGAAUUAGUUAGAUUAAGUUAAUAGUUACGUUUACGAGUAUAACACAUUGAUGGCAUGAUCUCUGCGUACGAUUCAGUCGCAGUGCUGUCUUCUUGAGGUUCAUUAAUGCUGAACAAAGAGUUUUCUCCUAAAAGGCUGCUCUUUAAGAAGACUACAUGAAAUGCCGUCGUGUUACUUGUAGUGGUCAAUAUGCAUUUUCAUUUUACUUGCCUUAUUAGUGAUGUUAGUUUUAAAUUACGAUUUGACUUCUUCGAAGUAAAACUCAAACAGGCUAUGAUUUUAUUUUGUAGAUUUUGUUAAGAUUAAUUUAAAAUAGUUUAUCAAUGUUGAAAUGUUUGGUUGUAAAUGUUAUGCUAUUCAAACGCGUAUUUAAAUUACACACACGUUGUAAUAGAUGGAGCAAUCUAAUAUAGACUAGCUUUUAAACUUUUUAGAGUCAAUCGGGAUCAUGUAGCAUAGGCGUUGUUGAUAAACAUAUUAUGUACACUCAGUUCCUGAACAGCCAAGCGGAGCCCCAAAAUAUCUAUGGUUAGUUAGACACAUUCAUUUUAAAUAAUAUUAAUAUCAUUUGCCGUCAUUAUAUAAAAUUAUAUCUCUUUCUUUACUAGUACAUUACAUAAAUGUAUAAAUGUAUUUUGUCCAAGACAAUAUAAAAAUGUGUAUAUUUGAAAUAGUUCAUACAAAAGAGAUUAUAAUACUACUGCGUUUAUCUAGAUCUCUGUAUGUUUUAGAUGAUAAAAUUCAAGUACUUCCGCGUUGAAUUCCAAAACUACAUCCUUGACUUGUAGUACUAUAAUCGCUUUUAAAACAACAUUUAUCCCUCGAUCUUCAUAUUACUAGAAAUGAAACUUACUUAAAGUAAAAUAUACAAUGUUUAUAUGUAUUUGAAGUGAGACAACACGGCGUUGUUGUUAAAGUGAUCUUAGCAAGGUGCUUUGAAUGAUAAAUAUCUGGAAUCAUGAGAUGAUUUGUAAAUUAUAUUUUAGUAGGAAUGGAAAUGCCUUAAAAUAUGUAACAUAAGAAAUGGUACUUAUAAAUUAUUUAGUUAAAUUUAGAGGCAAAUGUAGUCUUCCAUAACGAUAGCAAACACCGUUCGGUUCUAAUAUAAAAUAUAUAUUUGACGUGAAUGUAAACGGCGAGAUAUGAGUUCGAUGAUGUACUUGUUCUUCAAUAGAUACUCGUUACGUUACGUAUCCUACAAGUAAAUUUUUCCAAUGUAAUAAACGUAGGUCCAGGGAACGCUUGCCUAUUAGUGUGCCUUUACUUGUAUAUGAAUAAGUUAAAUAUUUAUUGACUACUAGACGACUAAGAAAUUUCAAAGAAUAUUGUGUAUUAUUUAUUUUCAUUAUUCAAAGUUUACAAUAUCUACUUUAAGAAGCUUCCUUAGGAGUAUAGAGACCUUUUAGGCCCAUGUAGUUAAAUACGAUGAUUGUAAAUUUAUAUUUAAGAAUAUCAUCUCAUGUUUCCCAUUUUGUUUGGAAAUUGGGACAACUCGCGGACGUUGUGUUAACGUUGUGACGUGAAAUCUUUCGAGGCGAUUUAGUCUUGAUAAUCAAUAUUAAGACUGUUCAAAUUCAUGAAAAACGAAUUUAUUGUACCUACCUUCUUUCAUAAACUUUAUAUGAAAUUUACCUUGGACAUUGAUAGGUACUUAAACGGAAGAAAUUUAUACUUAAAUAAGGUGAGGCUAUUAUUAUUUCAAAAUUACUUAAAUUAUGAUAGUCAAUUUAGCCAGUGCCUAAGCUUAUCCCGUUCUACAUUUGUUUCUACUUAAUUAUCUCCAUUGUUCUAUAUACUUUAUAAUAUAUAUUUACAUAUAAAUAUAUAUCACAAAUGUAAUAAUAUAAAUUCGUAACAAUUAUAAUCAAUAAUAGAGGACGUUAUUUUUAUGUUAUGGAGUUAUAUUUAUAUUUAUCAUCUCAAUAAGAUAUUAUUUAUUAAUGUUAUAUCAUUAAUUGGUGCUAAAUUAUACUUAAGAGAAUGUCACAUGUGAUGCGACAUAAAAUGGAUUGUCCCCACAAUAUACAAGAUUUGUAUAUUGUUUGUUGAUAUUGUUGUUUUAAAGUCCUUUUUGUAAAUAGCCAACCUUGUUUGUGGUUCACCCAGAAAGAAACUUCUGUUUCAAUAAAUCUAUAACACUGGAGGCGUUCGAUCGUAUAAUACAUAUUGUUUGUUUUUAAUCUCGAAGAUUUUUCACAUACAUAAAGCAAUAUAUACAUAUUAUUAUAUUAUAACAUAUUCUAAAUGGAUACUAGUUAUAUUUUAUUCAUAUUACAGUUUACGGAAUUCAAAUUUUAUCUAGCUCAUAGUUUCAAGUUUCCUUUACAAAUAAAUAAAAUAGAAAAUAAAAUAGUAAAACACAUAUUUUUUUGCAUAAAAGAAAUAUAACGUAUUGAACACAAAAAAAGUAAUUAUAAUUAAAAUAGUAUCUUCAUGUACGGCGACGUUUGCCCAUAAACGUAGAUUUUUUUCUCGGAUUAUGUUAAAAAAAUAUGAUAUAAAGAUUUAAUGUAUUUACAAACGAAUGCAGCUAACACAAUUGUGAAAAUAUGUAAUUAAUUAUAUCUGCGGCUCUAGAAGCUACUUUAGGCGAAAUUCUCAAAAUAAAAUAUAUAAUACGACACUAUACAUUCACCUAAAGUAUUUUUAGACCAGCAGUUCUUGUAGACGUUGUCAUUCACAAACACAAUAAUUACGCAUUCUUACGUGGUACAAUUCAAUUUCUCACAGGAAUAAAAUAGAACUUAGCCAAAUAUUAAGCAGAUUCUUAUUUUUUUGUUAUUUGCACAUAGACAAUUUAGCAAAUGCAAAGAGAGUAAUAUUUAGAAGAAUUUAGAAUUGAAAGUUACACAAAAAUAGAAUUAUUUGUUAAUGAAUGAAAUACAAUUGUAUACAAUAAGGUGUUAAUUACUAUUUUUAGAAACUUUAAUGAAAAAUAAUAAAAGUUACAUCAAAAAUACUAUAUAUUUUCAAUCGAUGUUAUACUUGUUCUGUUUCCUAUUUGUUAUUUUUUGUACCCCGUUUUAUUUAUGUUAUGUUGAAAAUUUUCUAUUUUGUAUUUAUUCGUGAUCUUUCUUGUCUGUUAAUUUCUGUAUAAUGUAGUACUUAUUGUUAGUGGUAAUUAUUGUAAUAUAGUGUCGAUUCGGGAUGCAAUUUGAACAUUUGUCGAAUCUGAAUGUGAAAUGAAUGUCUUGUCAUUCGUUUGAAUUUUGUAAAAAAACAAUUGUGGUGAUAGGAUCUUCUGACCUUAUAUGAGUGAUAGAGAUCCAUCACUAGUGAUUAUUGUAGCAACGAUGAACACUAACGAUUUCAACAAUGUUUCAUCUUACUUUAUAGUAGCAAAGUAACAACACGGGUUAUUAGUAAAGAAUAGAUUAAAGGUUAAGUUAUUUAUGAUUAAUAUAGACAUAAAAUAGUGUUGUUAACAAUGGAGUGAAUUUUCUGAAUAGUAGAAAUAUUUAUUAGUCACGGAGAGAGGACUGAUCCAGGUAUGUUAUCCCAUGAUACUACUCUCGUGUCUCGUAGAUGGUGUGGUUAGAGCUAGAUUACGUUUAAAUGCUUUCUAUGUUGCUCAAAUUGACGCUCUGAAAUGACUAAAUAGUAUUGUUGGUCCAGUACAAAUUGUUGCUUUCGUAUAAUAUUUUAUUUUCAUCCAUAAAUAGAUUUUUAAUCGAUUUAUACCUAUGUUAAACGAUGAGGCUAAUCACUUGUUCCUUUUUUUAAUGAAACACAAGACCUUUCGGCUUGUUUUAUUUUGUGUCUGUGUGUUAAUUUAUGGCAGCAAUUUUUUUUUAUCGAAAUCAUAAUUCAUGCAAUAUACAUACAAUUUGUUUUAAAUAUUAUUUUUCAACUAUAAACCCACCUUAUGUGAUCUUAAGCGCUAAGUUUAACUGAAGUGUUAUUUUUAUAUUUACGUACCUACUACUGAACUUGCCGAAACAGUUCCAAAUACAAACACUUGAGUCCUAUUAUAUCAUAGUGAAAUCUAUUCUUUUUUUGUUAUUAUUUUUUAAUUUAUUAUUAAUUUAUAAAUUAAUGGUUAGUUUAAACUAGAUUAAGCAGUUUGAAUUUGAUACAAAUUACUGUGGUUUUAUUACAUUCAAAACACAACCUACGAGUAGUGUUAUUUGUUUCAGAAUUUUCUCUGCUAAAAUAAAAUAUUUAUAGGACUGAUGAUAAUUUUUUUGUUUAAUAUAUAUUUAUAGAACGUAUGUUCCAAAUUGAUAUUAUUUCUUUUUUUCUAGUUUUUAAUUGUUUUAUUUUGUAGGCCCUAUUGCAUGGACGAGUCCUUCGAAUUCCUAAAAUAAUAAAUAUGAACUCAAAAUAUUAUAUUCUUAAUUGAAUGGUGCUCGUGCAAUAUAUGCCCUAGUUCAUUUUAUUGAAUUAUAAUGAAAUAGCUGUUUACUUAAUCAAUCGAAUAUUCGUCCGUGGAGUAGUCCGUCAUUCGUGGUUUUCAUUUUUAAUCAUGGUGUAAUAAAUUUCGUCAUUAAAUUUGAACAAAUAAAGGUUAAUAUAUUUUC